AUGGCCAAACCGCCCUUGGGAACGCUAUGGAUACAGCUGCUUCCGCUGAGAUCUCCCGACUAUAUUAUUGGAAUUGAUACUGCUUUCUUCAAUGUCAACCACAUAUUCAAAGGAAUCAAAGUCAUUCCCCCGGGAAUCCAUCUUUUCCACUACCUAGAGGGAGAAUCCAUGAGAGCAGGCUGGUGGUUUGAAAUCAAGGACGGUGACAUUUUGAGUAUUGACUGGGAUUGUGAACAAGAAGAGUUUAGAGCAAAGAGUGUUGACUUGGAAAAGAUUGCUCAGGAGUACCCUUUGUUGGUGCUGUAUCCAGAGAACCACGAAUCAUGGCUAGCGCUCACUAAACAUAUAGAGAAGAGCGAUGUGGUUGAGGUUGGUGGAGCUUUUCCAAGAACAAUUACUACGGCCACGCCACUGAAGGAGGAAAAUCAGGUGCUAGAGGCGACGUUGAAGGAGAAGAACCCGAAACAGACGUUUGAUGAUCAGUCAACGAAAGAACUCAAUUUUUCUAUAAUCAAUUUCAAGGAGACAGAAAGAGAAUUACCGCACAGCGAUGCGGAGGUCACGAGGAAUGCGUUGGACCGUUCGUGGCAGCUACGGCAGCUUUUUCCUCUGGCGAGGCGGCUUCUUGCUGAGUUUCAGAUGGCAUUUGCGGUUUUCCUUGUGCUUGCGAAUUUAUGCUCUUGCACUCAGUGGACGCUGUUGCUACGGCUAGUGCUGGUGAGUGAAACAUUUUUGAGGAAAAACAGCGACUUCGCUAUCCAUUAUCUUGAGACGCUCUUGCAUCAGCUCGAAAAGAUCCCCGAGGAGUACGUGGGAACGAGUGAGCUUGGUGUUGUAGAUACAAAGAUGUUGGUCAAUGCACUUGAGCAGCUAGGCUCGAUCUUUCAUGGAACCAGCAGGUGGCAGGCGAUUGAAAAGGUUUGCCAGGCUCGUUUUGGCUUUCAUCUAAAGAACCUUGUGGGUCUGUUUGACAAGGAAAACUUUGAAGUGUAUAAUAUUGAAGAUCACGACACAGACGAUGAAGAUGCCCCAGCGAUCGUCUAA